AGAAGCCCCCAGCUCGCCUCACAUUCUUUGCCAAGAGCUGUGAUUAUUUCACCAAAGUCCGCCUUCCUCCCGGGGCUCCUCUCCCUCCAGCAUCCGGACUGCGAGGGAACUCUUCGCCGGACUCCAUUAAAUGUUUCGCGUAUUUUUUUAUUUUCAUUUUUUUUUUUUUUUGUCGAAGCUAGCUUAAAAGUGCUGGCGGCUGUUAACCGGAAGUGGUUAGCAGGAGAGGGGGGGAAAAGGCACCUCAAACCGGAAGUGGCCGGCAGGAAAAAGGCACCCGGGGAAUAAAAAAAAAAGAGUCAGAUCGGAGUUGAGCAGAAGUCUCCCAGGACGAAGACUUCCUCCGUGCACCGAGUCGCGGCGGGCCAGACAGCGGAGUUUGAUGAUGGGUUUGCCGACGCUGGAGUUCAGCGACUCUUUCCUGGACAGUCCUGAGUUCCGAGAGAGGCUGCAGUGCCAUGAAGCCGAGCUGAACAGAACCAACAGGUUUAUUAAAGAACUCCUCAAGGAUGGCAACAUGCUCAUAGCCGCACUCACAAGUCUUUCCCUCGCUGUGCAGCGCUUCUCGCAGUCCCUGCAGGAGUUCCAGUUCGAGUGCAUCGGAGACGCCGAGACCGACGACGAGGUCAACAUCGCUCAGUCCCUGAAGGAGUUCUCCCAGCUGCUGAGCACCAUGGAGGAGGAGAGGAAGCGACUGAUCCAGAACGCCGACGACGUGUUGAUCUCGCCGCUGGAGCGCUUUCGCAAGGAGCAGAUCGGCGCCGUCAAGGAGGGAAAGAAGCAGUUUGACAAGGAGACGGAGAGGUACUACUCAGUCUUGGACAAGCACCUCAGCUUGUCCCCCAAGAAGAAGGAGUCACAGCUGCAAGAGGCCGACUCGCAGAUGAGCAAAGACCGGCAGGUGUUCUACGACGCUUCACUGCAGUAUGUCUUCAAGAUCCAAGAGGUGCAGGAGAGGAAGAAGUUUGAGUUUGUGGAGCCGUUGUUGGCCUUCCUGCAAGGCUUGCUGACGUUCUACCACGAAGGCUACGAGCUGGCCAGCGAGUUUGAGCCCUACAAGCAGCAGCUGCAGUUCAACCUGCAGAAUGCCCGCAACAACUUUGAAAGCACGCGCGCCGAAGUGGAGAGACUGAUGAAGAGGAUCCGGUCCGCCGAGGAGGACUUCAAGGCCCCGAGCUGCUUCACCAUGGAGGGAUACCUGUGCAUACAGGAGAAACGUCCGCUGGGCAGCGUGUGGACCAGAUACUACUGUACGUACGAGAAGAGUUCUAAGAUGUUCACCAUGAGCAACACCGAGGCCCGACCCUCGGGCCGACAGAACGGCGUCCUGAAUGGGACGCCGGAGAUGUUCAAGCUUCGGUCGUGUGUCCGAAGGAAGACCGACUCCAUCGACAAACGUUUCUGCUUCGACAUCGAGGUGGUGGAGAGACAUGGCGUCCUCACCCUGCAAGCGCUGUCUGAGGCCAACAGGCGCCUGUGGAUGGAAGCCAUGGACGGCAAAGAACCUAUCUACACUCUGCCAUCGUUACUCAGCAAGAAGGAAGAGACUUUUCUCAACGAGACCGGCUUCAGCUUCGUAAGGAACUGCAUCGAGCUGGUGGAAAGCAGAGGCCUCACCACUCUGGGCCUCUACCGCACCGGGGGAGUCAACUCCAAAGUGCAGCGCCUGAUGACCAGCAUAUUCGCCUCCACUUCUGCUUCGGACGCGCAGCUGGACGCGGACGCUUGGGACAACAAGACCAUCACUAGCGGCCUCAAGAACUAUUUCCGGUGUCUGGCAGAACCGGUCCUGACCUACCGGCUGCACAAAGAUUUCAUCAAGGCCGCAAGGUAUGACGACCAGAAGCAACGAGUCCGGGCCGUCCACGCUCUCGUCCACAGACUACCGGAGAAAAACCGAGCCAUGCUGGACCUCCUGACCAGUCACCUGCUCAAGGUCUCCGCCCACUGUGACCAGAACCUGAUGACGGUGUCCAACCUGGCCAUGAUCUUUGGUCCCACCCUGAUGAGGUCUCAGGAGGAGACUGUGGCGGCCAUGAUGAACAUCAAGUUCCAGAACAUCGUGGUGGAGAUCAUCAUCGAGAACCACCACAAGAUAUUCAGCGAGGCCCCGGACCUCUCGGUGCCGUUACCUCAGGCGCCGUCUUCUCGGGCGACUCCUCGGAGGAGCAAAGCCAUCUGUCUGUCAUCAGGGAAGAGGAAGCCGCGCCUUUACCCGCCUGCUCUCUGCUUGGCAGACAACGACAGCGACACGUUCAGCAGCAGCCCGGGCACCACCCCCAUGGGCAGCCAGGAGUCUCUGUCCUCGCACUCCUCGGAGAAGAACGGCGUGCCGCAAGCGUCUCCCCUGUCCUCGCCUCCUCCAGCCCAGCCCAGCCCCUCCCCUCAGGCGGAGCCGUCUCCUUCCAACGGAGGGGAGCGCGAAUGGGCGGCGGACGACCCGGCCGUCCCCGUCAAGGGGGCGUCCUUUGUGGCUUCGUCCAUGUUGUCUCUGCGCUCGGCGGCAGAGCGGACGGAUUCCACCGUCUCCCUGUCGUCUGCCAAGGAGUCCAGAUCUCACUCGUCCUCGUCCACCAUCCAGCUGUCCUCCUCGCACUCCCCCCGCUCGGUCCAGAGAGUGUCCUCCGUCUCCUCCUUGAGAAGCGCGGCGGAGCAAAGGGAGGCGACACAGGCGAAAGCCUCUCCUCCCCAGGAGCACAGGACCACGUACAGGAGGGCCUCCACCUCCUCCUCCUCCUCUUCCUCCUUCUUCCCCUACCAGCGCUCCACGUCGUCCUCGCUCACCUCCCUGCACAUCUCUGAAGAUUAUCGGAGCUGCCACGGCUCGGUGCAGAGUUUGGCCUCGCUGGACCCCCGAGAGGCCUCGCGCAGGAUCUCACACCUCCGCCGAAGCUCCGACGUCAAACACUCCUCGUCCAGCAACGGCUACCAGAGACCCGGAUCCGUCCUGUCAGCACGCGCUCAACAGCGGGACAGCUCGGUCUUCUCCUCCGCUUUGGACAUUUGUCCCUCCGGAAGGGAAGCCAAGGCUCUGUAUUCCUGCGAGGCGGAACACAGCCACGAGCUCAGCUUUCCACAGGGGGCGCUGCUCACCAACGUGCAUUCGUCCGUGGAACCAGGUUGGCUGCAGGCGACCUACAAGGGCAAGACGGGCCUGGUUCCGGAAAACUACAUCGCGUACGCCUGACCGACAUCACUCAAGUGAAAAGACCUGUGGAAGACUGCUGCCUCCUUCCCUCGUCUCCAAGUCCUAAUAAAGGACACGUCCCUCGUGUACACA